CUAUCACCAAUUGUGGACCACCUCAAAUCAGGGAAGAAAGUCACCUUCUUCCUGGGUGCUGGUGUCAGCACUGCCGCCGGCAUUCCUGAUUUCAGAAGCCCCAAAACCGGGUUAUAUUCCAAUCUUGCUCGUUUGAAUCUACCCUACGCAGAAGCAGUCUUCGAUAUCGAUUACUUCAAAGAAAACCCCAAAGCUUUCUACACAUUGGCGGAGGAGCUAUACCCUGGAAAGUUCCAGCCCACCAGUUUCCACUACUUUUUGAAGCUUGUGCAAGACAAGGGCUUGUUGAAAAGAGUCUAUACUCAAAACAUUGACACUUUGGAGAGAGUGGCCGGAAUAAAAGAUGAGUAUAUUGUUGAAGCACACGGAUCUUUUGCAUCAAACCAUUGCGUCGAUUGUAACAAGGAGAUGAGUGUCGCUGAUGUCAAGAAGUUCAUUGCCAAAAAGGAGGUUCCUGUUUGUCCCGAAUGUAAGGCAUACGUGAAGCCCGAUAUUACCUUUUUUGGCGAAUCGCUACCAGCAAGAUUCUAUGAGAUGUGGGAUGAAGAUGUGGAUGAUAUAGAGUUUGCUAUCGUUGCUGGAACCUCGUUAACGGUAUUUCCGUUUGCCGGUUUGCCUUCUGAAAUCACUGGAAAAGUCACUCGGGUGUUAAUUAAUAGAGAGGUGGUGGGAGACUUCAAAUCAAAGAAUAAGAAGGAUAUCGUUUUACUUGAGGACUGUGAAUUUGUGGCUGAAACAUUGUGCCAAAUGCUUGGUUGGAAGAACGAGUUACAUGACUUGAAGAAUGGUAGUUACAGUUUUGGAGUUGAAGACGAAAUUGAGGAGGUCACGAAGAGUAUGAAGGAGGUGUUGGGAGAGAAGGAAUCAGGAACAGAACAUGUAGACGAAGCUAAAGAACUAUCACAUACGUCUAAUGAUACGACAGACGAUAAAAAAGACCUUGAUUCUGACAAAAACGAAGAUAAGUGGUUGGGUGCUAAGCUAUUAGAUAAAUUGGGUAACUUAAAGAUCUGA